AAUCAAAAUAAUCCAACACAUCUCUCUACUGAGAAAGCCAAAAAUCUCAAUGACUGGCUUCCCAUCACCAAGUCUAGAAAUGCAAAAUGGUGGUACUCUGCUUUUCACAAUAUCACUGCCAUGGUUGGAGCUGGGGUCUUGGGCCUUCCAUAUGCCAUGUCUCAGCUUGGAUGGGGUCCUGGUGCGGUUGUAAUGGUGCUAUCAUGGAUCAUUACACUGUAUACUCUAUGGCAAAUGGUGGAGAUGCAUGAAAUGGUGCCUGGAAAGAGGUUUGACAGAUACCAUGAAUUAGGGCAGCAUGCCUUCGGUGAAAAACUUGGUCUUUGGUUGAUUGUACCACAGCAACUGAUGGUAGAAGUAGGAAUAAAUAUAGUGUAUAUGGUCACAGGAGGAAAAUCAUUGAAGAAGUUCCAUGACACUAUUUGUCAAGAUUGCAAAGAUAUCAAAACCACCUACUUUAUUAUGAUAUUUGCCUCAGUUCACUUCUUUCUCUCCCAUCUUUCAAGCUUUAAUUCCAUCGCUGGAGUCUCUCUUGCAGCAGCUGCUAUGUCCUUGAGUUACUCAACCAUUGGCUGGGUAGCUUCCUUGGACAAAGGGGUUCAGCCAGAUGUGCAGUAUACGCCCAGGGCUUCAACUUGUACAGGAGAAAUAUUCAACUUCUUCAGUGCAUUGGGGGAUGUGGCCUUUGCCUUCGCAGGGCACAAUGUGGUGUUGGAGAUCCAGGCAACAAUCCCCUCCACACCUGAAAAGCCUUCGAAGAAACCCAUGUGGAAAGGUGUGAUUGUUGCUUAUGUUGUUGUUGCUCUCUGUUACUUCCCAGUAGCAUUCAUAGGUUACUGGGUUUUUGGAAACAAAGUUGAGGACAAUGUCCUCAUCUCUCUACAGAAGCCUCGUUGGCUUGUUGCUGUUGCUAAUAUGUUCGUAGUUAUUCAUGUCAUUGGAAGUUAUCAGGUUUUCGCCAUGCCAGUUUUUGACAUGUUGGAAGCUUUUUUAGUCCUGAAGAUGAAAUUCAAGCCAAGUUUAAUUCUUCGGUUUAUAACUCGAACUCUAUACGUUGCAUUGACAAUGUUCCUGGCAAUGUCUUUCCCAUUCUUUGGUGGGCUUCUGAGUUUCUUUGGAGGAUUUGCUUUUGCUCCUACAACAUACUAUCUUCCUUGCAUCAUAUGGCUUGUCUUAUACAAACCCAAGAAAUUUAGCUUGUCUUGGUUGGCGAAUUGGGUCUGCAUUAUAAUUGGUGUGCUGUUGAUGGUUUUAGCACCUAUUGGUGCUCUAAGGCAGAUUAUACUUGAAGCCAAAGACUUCAAAUUUUACUCUUGA